AUGCGCGUGACGCCCUCCGGGGUCACCGCCAGGCCAAGAAGGGCGGGCACCGCCGCGCGUCCUGGGGGAGAGAAGGGCGCGCACCGGGCGCGUAGCUUGGGAGCCGCGUGGCUCUGGAGCCCCGCGGCCCCCUCGCCGCGCGCCGCCCCCCGCGCCCGCUCCCUCCUCCCUUCCUUCUCCUCCCCCCUCUCGCUCCUUCCCCCCUCUCGCUCCUUCCCCCCUCUCGCUCCCUCCCUCCUCCCUCCCUCCCUCCCUCCGCGCUCAGAGCUGCGGCUGAAGCCGAGCGCGCCGCGUCGCCCGCCGCCGCCGGUGCGGAGCGUGGAGAGCACUCGGCCGCAGCCCUCGCCCGCCGUGGAGGGUCGCGCUGCCGGCCAGGUCGCCUGGUGCCUGGGCCUUUCGGUCCCUGGAGCGGAUCGUUGUCCGCCGGGCGUCCGACCGCAGCGACUAGCGACAGCGCCCGCCGGAGCCGAGGCCGCGGCGGCGGCCGUGCCCAUGACCGGGUCCCCUCAAGGCAGCAGAAACACCCUGCACGCUAAGCCUUGACCUAGCGCUCAGCUGGCUCUGUCCAUGGCUUGGCCUGCUCCCCGGAACCCUGCACAGUGCCAGGCCUGAAACCUUGAGCCGCAGAGGCCGCGCCAGAAGACCACUGCCCCCAGGGAUUUAUAGCAUGCCGGCUGCACCGGGCGAGUCUUA